AUGGUGGAUGCAUCACCAAAGUUUACUUCAACGGACCUUGGCAAUGCCGCACAUAAUGGUGAUAUUUCAUUCUUCGAGUCUCUCUCCAGAAAAAUACUUUCCAAAGUUAUCAAACUCCGCGAUAAAUUUGGCGCCUCUCUCCUCCAUGUUGCCGCUAACGGCGGUCACUGUCAGCUGCUGAAGAUUCUAAUUGGAGCUGAUCAUGGAAAGACUUUGAUCAAUGACAAACAAGUUGACGGUUUGAGUCUCCUUCAUUUCGCUAGUACUAAUGGUCAUCUUGAUGUUGUUCGUUUUCUCAUUGACAAUGGAGCUGAUAUCAACGUGGUAAAUAAUCUUGGUGAAACUGCUCUUCAGCUUGCUGCCUGUAGUAGACGUACAGAAGUUGCUAAAAUGUUGGUUGUUCAUGGUGCAAACAUCAAUGCCAAGGAUAAGUUUGGGGCCACAGCAAUGCAUUAUGCAGCUUACACAGGAAACUUAGAGUUGUGUAAAUUCUUGAUCCAAUAUGGAGCUGAAAUCGAUGCCCUUGACGAAUCUGAGUUUACUCCUCUGAUGACUGCUGCCCAAGCAAAUCAUAAAGAGGUUGCACUUUAUCUAACUAGAAGUGGAGCAAGUUGGGUGGGACUGAAUGAAGUUGAGGAAGGCUAUACGACGGUUCUGGAGAGUUGUUCAGAGGAUGUUGCAGAAGCAAUUCUUGAAACUUUAAAAGAGAUGGGUAUGAUUGUUGAUACUGUGAGACGAGUUUCUUCGUCGGGAUGA